AUGGACAAAAAGGAAACAAAUCAUGAUGAAGAUCCAUCAGGGUCGCAAACAAAGAAGAAAUGUGUAAAUCAAAUCUUUGCUAAAAUGUUUGAGGAUUUGAACAAAUCAUUUUACAAAUCGAGUACCGUAUUCAAAGUAAACGUGGGGCUACGUCAAUCAAAUCCAGAUGCUUAUACACCAAAGAUAGUCUCUAUUGGUCCUAACCAUAGGAAAAAUCCUCAACUUGGUCCAAUGGAAGAGUACAAAUUAUUGUACCUACGACGGUUUCUUCAACGAAGAGAGGGGUUAGAUGUGAAAUAUUGGAUUGGUCUAUUGGAGGAUAUGGAGGAAGAAGCACGAAUGUAUUACGACGAUAUAGAAGACCUCGAUACUGAUGAAUUUUGCAAAAUGUUAUUGCUUGAUGGUUGUUUUGUGGUUGAGUUUAUUCGGGAGCGGGAGUGUUGUCAAAUGUCUUCAGAAAUAUUAUUUAAAAUUAUAGAUUUUGUUGAUUACAAAUUUAAUCAAAUACUCCGAGACUUGUUGUUACUAGAAAACCAACUUCCUUUCUUUAUCCUCAACAAGCUGCAUGACUUAACAGAGCAAGAUACUGGAUUACGAUUGGAAACACUAGCGAUCACUUUUUUUAGCCAUGUUGUUAACUUGGGAUAUAUCUACAAUAAUCGGAUGGAUUUAAAGAUAUUUGAUACAGAAAGACGUGAUAUGAAACAUUUACUUGAAGUAGUACACGUUGCUUCAUGUCCGAUGAAUUGCAUGAAAUUGUCAAACGACAUUAAUGACACCAAGUGGAAUAAGGUCAUGCCAAAUGCAACAGAACUUUCUGAAGCUGGAGUUAGAUUUGCAAAGGUCAUGAAUCAUACGACAAGUUUAUUUAAUAUAGACUUUGAGAAUGGAUUGAUGACAAUACCUUAUCUUGAAGUGGUAGAUAGUACUGAAACCCUCUUAAGAAAUUUCAUUGCUUAUGAGCAACAAUCAAUUGAUUUAGGAUAUUCAUAUUUCAGUGAUUAUGCAAUUUUUAUGGAUCAACUAAUCGACUCAGAUCAAGAUGUUUGCUUCGCCGUCAAAAAAUCAUAG